ACAUGGAGAGAGAGAGACAUUCAAUCGAACAGCGCGAGCGCGUAGCUCAUCGAAAUCGAAGAAGGCAAAGACGAGUGUAAAGAGAGAGAGAGAGAGAGAGAGUGCCACCCCCCUUUGGGCCCCACCGCUUCUUUUUGUUUUUUGUUUUGUAAUAAAUAGCGCUGUAUAAAGCGACCACGCUACCAAACGGCAAGAACCCGCGCUGUGAGCUGUGAGCAGAGCAACAACGUAGAUAGACGGAGAGGAGAGCCCGGAGAACGGAACGGAACACGGACAGAACAACGCAGAACAGAACAGAACACCUUAAAGCCAAAAACCAAAGCAACAAAAGCGAACGAAGGAAGGAACAACAAAAGAACGAGCCAGAAGAUACCAGCGGGAGAAAGACAGAGACAGAAGGCGAGAACACAACAAAGAACACAAGACAGAAACAGAAACCGAAACCGAAACGGCAUAAAAUAGAGCUGAAAAAGUUAGAGGAGGAGAAGGAGAAGAAGAAGGUGGAAAAAUGACAACGAAACAACCAAGAAAAGUGGCCCCCGAUGGCGGCUGGGGUUGGGUUGCCUGCUUUGGCGUUAGUUUGGUCAACCUGGCCACACGCUCCAUAGAGCCAUCGUUCGGUCUACUGUUUGGCGACACCCUGAAGGAUCUCAAUGUGGGCACCACUGGGGCGGCGGUGAUCAUCAGUGCGCUGGACGUCUGCAUGAAUUUCUCGGGGCUGUUUGUCGGGCCACUGCUGAAGGAGUUCUCCUACAGAAAGGUGGCCAUUGCCGGCUCUCUGCUCUGCGGCCUGGGCCUGGCCCUCACAUCGCCGGCCACCAGCAUGGCGCACAUUCUGAGCACCUAUUCGGUGAUCAAUGGCAUCGGUGUGGGCCUGUCCACGUCGGCGGCAUUUGUGGCAUUGAAUCACUACUUCAAGCACAAGCGCGGACAGGCGGUGGGCCUCUCGAUGGCUGGCACGGCCAUUGGCAUGUUGAUCAUGCCGCAGCUGGUGAGGAUCCUGCUGGAGGCAUAUGACUUUCAGGGCGCUGUCCUGCUGCUGGCGGGAGUCGCGCUGAACGCCACUGUCGGUUCGGUGCUGCUGCAGCCGGUGAAGUGGCACAUGAAGGAGGAGUUCGAUGAUGAGGAGCUGAUGUGUAUAUCGGCAUUGCCGACACCCCAGCCCCAACUGCAGCUGGGUGGCGGCGGUGUGGCUGCGUCGGCGGCCUCGCCGCCCGACUUCAAAGUGAUCAAAGAGGAUGGCAACGAGGAAGAUGCUCUGCCCGAGAUGAACACCCUGCUGUUCCACAAGCAUCACGCCCACCAGCACUCGAUGCGCAAGAACUACUCGGAGAUGGCCAUGAACACCAUGAAUGGCUCUCGCCUGGGCAUACCCAAGCGACCCACAUUUCCGCGGAUCAUGUCCCUGGCGGGCGUACAGUCGGCGGCCCAUGGGGCCGGUGCCGAUGGCGCAUAUACCUCGCAGGCGGAGAUCAAUGCCACGCAGCUGCGCUGUCGCAAGGCCUCGGUUACCUCGAACCUCUCCUACAUGGACUUCACCGGCUCCAUUCUGCAAGUGCACCUCAACACCGGCGACGAUGAGUUCGAGCAGAACGACCGCGAGCUGCGACGCGUUGGCACCGCCACCGGCAGCAUUGUCCUUGGCGGACAUCGCGACAGUUUCAUCAAAAUGAAGCCCACGGAGCUGGACAAACAGACGGAGGCCGCUCUCGCCGCCGCUGCCGAUGAGGAGGCCAAAAAGAAGAAACCCAAAAAGCCGGGCUUUUGGCGCCGGUUUGCCGAUCUCCUGGACAUUGACAUGCUCAAGGACAAAAUGUUCCUCAAUCUCCUGUUCGGUCUGUCCAUCUUCUAUGUGGCCGAGAUGAACUUCAAGAUGGUGACGCCGUUCUUUUUCGCCAAUCUGGGAUACCAAAAGAGCGAUGUGGCCUUUUGCCUGUCAAUCACGGCCAUCACGGAUAUCGCAGCACGGAUUGUCUUGCCGCCGAUCUUCGAUAGGACCACAAUCAGGAAGCGUACCAUUUUUCUGGUUUCCAUCAUUUUUGUGGCUCUAACACGUUCAAUCAUGGCAGAGCAGACCGAUUGGACACAGCUGAUGAUUUGGCUAUCGAUUUGCGGAUUCUUCCGUGGCUCGGCAUUGAGCAACUUCACGCUCACCGUCUCCGAGUAUUGUUCGCUGGAGAAGCUGCCAUCGGCCUUUGGCUGGCAUUUGGUGGGCAAGGCAUUGUUUGUGAUAUCCUUUGGGCCACUGAUUGGCCUCAUCCGUGAUCUGACUGACAGCUAUCCCAUUUGCAUACACACCCAGAGCUUCUGCAUUAUGCUGUGUGCCUUCGCCUGGGGCAUUGAGUAUUUGGUGGAGUUCCUAAAUGCGCGCCGCCGCACUGCAGAUGCCGCACAGGUUCCCACGCAGGAUUCGGCAGCAGCAGGAGCGCCCACGCGGACCACGCACGAUGUCAAGUUGUAAAAUGGAAGCUGGGGAACAAAACGAAACAAAAUGCAGAAGGAUUAGAUAUGAGCUACUAUAUUUAUAAGGAAGACAAGGCUCGCUCGCGCUGUAGUGAGGGGAUUCGCACCCACACCCCCAUCCCACACCCCUUCCACACACUUCCCCAAACAAAAUGUAUUAAAAACUUAGUUAAUUGUGUGCUUUGUUCUUUUUGUUUUCUAAAUGAUUUAAUGAUUAAGGAAUUACCAUUUAUUUUGUAUUGUAUUUUCGCCCUGUUGAUUGAUUUUUUUUUUUUAUUUGGUUUCGCUUUGUUUUCUGAUUUGUUCUCUCGCUCUUUUUGUCGUUUAUUUAGUGAACUUGUAUGUGAUAGUUCAAAGAUAGUUUCUAAUUUAGAUGAUAAACUAAUACAUACACCAUAAAUACACACACACACAUAUACGAGAGUAGAUACAUAUAUCGUAUAUAUCGUAAGAAAAUGAGAGUUGAAGUUGAUAGAAAUUAAUGGGCUUUAAAAUGUACCUUAAGGAAUGAAAGAUGGCGGUAUACAAGAAAUAACCUACUUAUACAAGGACCAAUUUUUCUCUGUGUGUGUGUGGCUUUUUUUUCGCCAAUUUGAUAUAAAUAUAUAUAUACUAUACUAUACUAUAUAUAUAUACUAAGGAAUAAACAUUAAAACAGAUCAAUAUAGUUUCAAUUCUGAUGCCAAUCCAAAUGCCAGAAUAUUGUAUACGCCCCCCUCUAAGCAUAUAAAACAAAAAUUACAAAACGAUGGUUCCUUGUGCUUGUAAGAUCAAUGAGAAUAUGAGAGAGCCUUAUAAAUGUGCCCAAAACCUAAAUAUUAUAUUAUAUUAUAUAUUUGCAUGCCCAUUUAGAUCUAAGCUAGUUUUAUGUUUUUUGCUUCGAUUUCAGAAGAACUAACUUUUUCGAGCCGAUUUCUCACAAUUUUACGAAAGGCGUUUAUUUCGUAUCGACAAAUUGGUCAAGCCACCCCCAGAACAUAUAGAAUAUAUACAAAUAUAGUACAGAAAUGAACAAUGAACCCCCCCGCCACACACACAAAAAUAUAUACAAAAUCCCAACGACACAACUGAAGAAGCCAGUGUGGCGACACCUGGCGACUCAUGGGCCAACUACAUGUGGCCAACUUUGGCAGUUGGGCAAGUGGCUCCGUCUGGUGGCUGGCUGUAACAAACUUUUUUACAUGAGCUUUUUUUUGCUGGGUGCAUCUCGUAUAUCCCAGCAAAAAUCAAAUCAAAUUUUCACCCACCUGGCCGGGAAAAAAAAGACGAAAUUUGUAUGGAAAGUGCCUAAUUACCUGUAGGACAUUUGUUGCAUGCCCCCCACCUAAUUGUAAGAUAUUUUAAAUUAUCCAAAACGAUAAGCAAUAAAAACAAAACUUCUACCACAAGAACAACAUUCAGAUAUACUACUUAAAAUAAAUAGGAUUUUAAGCAUAUUUUGUGUACUUAAAGGUUCUUUCGUUUUUCGGGACAGAGAGUGAAAAGAGAGAGAGUUCGAGGGAGAUAGAGGUUUUGAUACGAUGCAAACUUUUGUGGUAUUGAUUUGGUGCCCAAGAUAUUGAAUGAUAUACAAGUAUAUGCAUAUAUGUUUACAAUAAGAACUAUAUGAUUAUUUAAUGAAGAGAAUAAAGUGAUGAACAAGACGA